UUCUUAAAUAUAUUCUAGAGUUGUUCUGGUUCCCAAAGCUUUCACACCUCCUCACACUAAUGAUUUAAUGGGAUUUACUCCCAAAGCAGAAAUUAAAAGUGUCUUCUUGAUUGUCUUUGGUGUUGUUCUUCCAGCUCUCAGUGACUCCUGUCUGUGCCAGUGUGCCAACCUGCCAGGGGUGAAGAUGCUGCGCUCCAACGCAGAGGGAGCGUCCCUGAAAGGCUGCAACUCUGAGGACCCAUCAGGCCUUCAAGCUAAUCUGGAAGGUGCCACCCUGAAAGGAGUGGCCAUGGAGGGCAGUCAGAUGACUGGAAUUAACCUCCGAGUUGCAACGCUGAGAAACACCAAACUAAAGAACUGUAACCUCAGGGGAGCAACGUUGGCAGGAACUGAUUUGGAAAAUUGUGACCUAUCAGGUUGUGACCUCCAGGAAGCCAAUUUGAGGGGCUCUGAUGUGAAAGGAGCCAUCUCUGAAGAGAUGCUGACCCCCCUGCACAUGUCCCAGAGCGUCAGAUAGGGAAGAGAAGACGUCGAAGAGGAAGGAAUCCAAACAUUUCUUGUGACUUUCUUCACCUCCUCCCCUUCCUGAGUUAGAAGGAAUGGUUAUUAGACAACUUCCAUUUGCAGUAGUGCCUUAGUAGACUCUUUCUGAUCACUUUUGGGGAGGGAAUUUUUGUUUCAGAGGUGGAAAGAGAGAAUUUCUCCCGGUGUGAAGAGAGUGAGGAAGUGGGCUGGUGGUGAAACCAGAAAGUGGGGCUGGUUUGGGGGGGAGGGUUCAAGACUUUCAUUGUUUAGCAUUGCCUGACUUUGGAAUGCAUUUUAAUUUCUAAAGCACAAUAUAUGCAAUUCUAUUUGUUAAGUCUGUAGCUG